AUGCAUAUUCAGCCAUCACCAUAUACAUUUCCUGUAGCAUCAUCGAAUAUUGUGCAAAUAAUGCAUCCACCAGUAUUAACAGGAUCGAAUAAUAAUACAAUACGUCUAUCACAAGACCAUCGUACACGCCUUUAUCAAAUAAUAAAUGAAUUAAAUGAUGAUCAAUUACGUCUAUUUCUUACAAAUCAUUUACAAUCUAUAUCAAAUACAACAGCGAAUAAUCAAUUUCAACACUAUUCACGUACACAAUUAAUUCAACAAUCAUACAUUCUUAUUGAUAAUUAUUACUCAGUUGAUCUUGAACAAACACUCUAUACAAUGAGACAAAAACGUUUUCCAAAUGAUUAUCAACAAAAUUAUCGUGCACAACAGCAGCAGCAACAGCAACAACAACAACAAAACUAUUCUACAUCAUACAAUCAACAACAGCAAGCACAACAACCCUAUUAUUAUACUCAACAAGCAAUACAAUAUAAUAUACAACCUAAUUUUCGUUUUCCAGCACCAACACCAGCAAAUGUGUCACAGCAAUUGCGACAAAUUCGACCAACUCCAACAUCUAGUCAAUCUACAAAUGCUCACACUCAUCAUGCACAAAAUUCUCGUCCUCAACAACAACAGCAGCAACAACAACAGCAACAGCAAGCUUCAUAUUUUCCUUCCCUUGUACCUCGUCAAUCAUAUGUUCGACAUCCUUCAACAUCAUCAACUUCUACAAAUGGUUCAUCAUCUACUAUUCCUCGAUAUCAUGUUCCAAUUUUACCACCACCAGCAGCACCAGCACCGCCACUACCACCAGCUGUAACAAGAACAAAUCCUCCGCCUCCAUCUCCAUUAAAUAUUGUUCAUAAAACUUUACCAUUCUAUCGUCCAGUAGUAUGUGUUUAUGAAUGUCAUCAUGUAUUUCGUUAUGAUACAUAUCGUAAACAACAUUUUGCUCGAUGUGAUUUUCUCCUAUCACUUGAUGCAUGCAAUCAAUUAGCUUUAUCAUAUGAUUAUGAUUCUGAUCUUGAUUUACAUAAAACAACAAAAUGUUUAAUUAUGCGUCUUGCACGUAUUGAUCAACCACCUACGCUAAAUGGUAAAUAUGAUGAUAAUCUUCCACCAAAUUUUGUUGUUAAUAUCAAUUCACAAAAUUAUACAACUUUACCAACACCAAAACCUUGUACACGACAACAAACAGAUUUAGUUCGUAUUGGACGUGAAAUUGAUAUAACAUCCUAUUGUAUGUUUAAUCCAAUAUUAAAAAAUGAAUUAUCAAUGAUAUGGUCAUAUCGUUCAGAUAAUACUAUUUUACAUACACAAUAUGCAAAUGCACAAUAUGCAUUACAUAUAUUUCUUGUUGAACAUUUAACAAUUGAGGAUUUAUGUGAACAAAUAAAAAAUAAAACAACAAGAUUUUAUCGAGAAGAUUUGGCGAAAUUAUUAGCUAAAGCUUUAGCUACUGAUCAAGAUUUAGGUUUAGAAGUUAGUGAUCAAAAAUUAAAAUUAAAAUGUCCAAUUGAUCAAAGACGAUUAAAAACACCAAUAAGAGCAAUUACUUGUUAUCAUAUACAAUGUUUUGAUUUAACGAAUUAUAUUGCAUUAAAUGAAAAAGCUGGUAAAUGGAUAUGUCCUGUGUGCAAUAAACCUGCAUUAUUUGAUGAUUUACAAAUUGAUUCAUAUACUGACUCAAUAUUAAAUUCGAUUGAAAACGAAAAUAUAACUGAAAUAACUAUUGAUAGUAAUUUACAUUGGAAACCUUUCAUAUCAUCAACAUCAUCAUCUCUACUUAUUGAACAACAAAAUCAGAUAUCGUCAAAUACUCAUGAUAUUAUUUUAGAUGAUGAUCAAAUGGAUGAUGAUCAGUAUAAUCAUCAGAAACAACAACAAUUUGAUUCAAAAUCAAAUAUUCAACUAAUGCCAACAUUGGCACAUGAACCGUCUGAUAUUAUUCUUAUUGAUGAUUAA